UGGUGGUGGUAGGGGGCGGGGGGACGAUGGAUGUAGGAGGGGCAGAGAAAUAAUCUCUUAUAUGGAAAGACUGAGCCGGCAGCCGACUGAAUUCGAGCUUUAACUGUCGUUCCCGGUCGCGCAGCCUCCCCACCGCACGAGCGCCCACCUGCCCACCGGCCGCACCGCCACGAGCACCAGCAGCUUCCGCGCGCGAACGCCCACACGAUGAAGAUCGACAAUGGCUUGCCAUGCCUCACUCUCCCCGAGUCGCUGCCCCAGAUGGGGCUGCAGUUUACCAUGGCGACAGAGGAAGACUUCGAUGAUAUCAUGGCUAUGAGCCAAGACAUCUACGGCGGUUUGGACUACCUACCCACUCGCUACAGCACUUGGCUGCAGGAACCCCACCGCAUGGUCAUUUUGGCAAGGAAGCAAGGCAAAGUGAUCGCCUUGGAGUCCGUUUGUGUGAUUGAUGAUGGUGAAACUGUUCUGGUGGAGGGGCUGCGUGUUGCCCCCCAGGAGCGUGGAAAGGGUGUAGCUGGCGUGCUUCUGCGCUUCUGCUCCCAGGUAGUCAAAACCAGAUACCCCGAGGUCAAGGUGAGCCGUCUGACUCGUGAUGAUCAACUGGGACCCAAGGACUUUCAGAAGUAUCGCCUCAUCACUAAGCAGGGCAUCCUGCUGGUUCGUUUCAGAGCUGAAGAUAUGAAGCUGCGUCUGGCAGAGAUGGGUGUAACUGAAAGGGGCCCUGAAGUAGCACUGCUAGACCCCAGUGAUGCCCACAGGCUCUUCCUGACCUCGGGUGUGACACGAAACGUCCUGCCGAAUGCCACCAUCGUGCAGGAUUGGCAGCCAUUCAAGCCACUCGCCAGCAACAUGGCCAUCCUGGCAAAGAAGGCCAUCGACUGGAUGGUGGAUGAUGCCAGGUCCCCCACAGUGGCCAGCCUCUGCACCUUCCCCUUCCGCGUCCCCAUCGGAGACGACUGGUACUACCUUAACAUUGAUGUUUUCGGGAAGGACCUGGUGCUGGUGCAGAAGCAGUUCCUGUCGCACCUGCAGCGCCACACUGCCACCCUGAAGGGCCACGUCAUGUGCCAGGUCUUCCUGGAUCCGGCCCUCUGGGAGCCGCUGGCCGACUUCUGUCGCAACACACUGGGUGUGGAGCUAGUGAAGGGCUACACUGAGCAGUGUGUGGUGGAGUCUGACCUGGUGUAGCAGUAAAAGAGUGACGGAAUAUGGUAUCCCAGAUCCCCCCUGAAGAGCAUCUCCCCCUUGAAAGCCCUCCCCUCAGAGAAACAUCCCAGUGAAAGAGGAAGUUUGAGUUUAGACUACCGUCUGUUACCUUCUACACAUCUCAGUGUAGUACCCUGAGAAGGCUAAUGUACAAAAUCUCAAACUGAGUUUAAAUAUGAACAACUUAACUAUUCAACUAUUUAAGAAACUAUUUCAAAAACCUGGAAUUAUAAAUAUUAUAAAUGUAAAAUAGAGUUGAAAUCAGCUUAAAAAUAUAAAAAUGUAAUUCUGUUGUAAGACAAUACAAGACAAGAAAAUAGAAGAUACUCUGAAAAAAAUAUCUUAGUGUGCUAAAUUUUAAUUUAAUCAAAUUCACAUAAAUUAUUAUUUUUAUUUGUUUUGAAUACAUAUGGUACAUACACAGGCUGAAGAGCAAACAGGUCUGCACAACUCUCAAGGCACUUUAUGAUUAAUGUGUAACUAGUUAGUAAUUAAUAUGUGGCCCAGUGACAUUAGGUUAGGGUAGGUCAGUUAAUUGUCGCUUUAUAGAAUUUUCCCAGAAAGCACUUUUAACUCCUCUCUUCACUAUGUUGAUUUCUGCAGAGAAACUGGUAUAACCAAGCACAACAUAGCAAAGGCCCAUGAUAAUUCUAUCAAACUUUCAGGAGAAAAAGCACUGGUUACAAAAGUGUUUUGAGUAUUAAAACACAUGAAACUUACAACUCGAACCCUCUCACCUCAUGCAUGCGAGGGCAUAAAAGCUGUUGCGUUUAAUUAGUUUUUUGUAAUUAAGGGGCUUGCAUGCCGCUGAUCCAUUUAUUAGUCUGGUUUUCACAUUUGAUGCCUUACCAAAAACAAAAUAACUGAACACUAAAGUAAAACACAAAGUUGUCUAGAGUCCUGAGUUAGAAGGAGGAAAGGAAUAACAACUAUAAAAGGCAACAUAAACAUGCAAUACAUGUAUUGCAAUAGUUAAACAUCAUCUAAAAAAUGCUAAAACCCGCAGCAUUAUGACACCAAUAAUAACUUUACAUUUUGUUAAGAUAAGGUAAUGACAAUAAUAACCAUCUUGUCUACGUAUAAGACUAAUAUUUUCUUAAAGUAUUAGUUAUCGGAAAUAGCUCAGAAAAUAUAUUUUUUCACUUUUUCAUUAAAUGCGAAUGCUACCCAUCUUGAAGUGGGGGAAAGAAUUUUACAAAGACUCUUGGGUGUUGCUGCAACUUGAAAGUGAGGAAUUGAGGAGUGCAAGUGGACAGACUGAACUGAAAUAGAAAAAAGUGCCCGUUACCACCUUCUCCCUGUGUUUCCCUAAAGACUGAUGGACCACAUGGAGUCAGUGUCAGGACUGAGCAGCCAGCAGGCCUGAGGCAUAUGAGAAAGAGACAGAGAAAAAUCCCACAAUGACGUCACUAAAUGUUUAACCUGGAAUGAGCUUACCCCCGAGUGCUUUCGUCAGAGGGUUGGGUCAGCUUUGGAGCAGAACUGAAAUCAGGACAGAAAGCAGGUCAAACACUUAACCUGAUGUCUCCUUUAAAGCAUCCUCUAUCUUUACACAAUCAUCUGCCCCACUGGGCAUAGGCAAGACCUUGAUUAGCAGAUUUGACCCAUUCUAAUAUGCUUUAAAGAACCGGUGGUGACCAACCAGUCCAGCCCUUACUCCCUAAGACUCCACAAAAUCUUUUUUUCUUU